CAUGUCUGUGUCUCUGUCAGAAGAGAGAGACAGGAUCCAGCGACAGGUGGAGGAGCUGGAACAGAGUCUGUCUGUAACACACAAUGAACUGGAGCUGCUGAGCAGUGAGACAGGUGAUGAAUCCGGAAGUGAUGACACAGAGGAUGAGUCUGCAGCAGGUCUGUUGGCUCAGAGAGACAAGAUCCAGAAGGAGAUCCAGAACCUGGAGGACGUCCUCGGUCCACACAGUCCACUCUGUGUAUCAGAUGAUGAUGAUGAUGAUGAUGAUGAUGAUGAUAGCAGUGAUGAGAUGAACCUGGUCUACCAGCAGGUGGUUCAGGAGACCCUGGACCAGCUGGAGAAACUACUGACACACAACCACAGACAACAGAAGGAGCUGGUGUCUCAGCUGUCUGGACCAAUCAAAGAGCCUUCCAGAGAACAGCCCGCCCCCUCCUCCUACCAGCAGCCAAUCACCAUGUACCUGGGCCGCUUCCUAAAACCGUACUUCAAGGACAAACUGACAGGACUGGGUCCUCCAGCCAAUCAGGAGACAAAGGAGAAGGCCAGCAGGAUGACAGGAUGUUUGGACGACAGGAAGCUGAAAAUGAAACGAUGGGAGAGCUGGCAGAAAACCCUGCUGAUCCACUCGGUGACCAGAGACAGUCUGAGGAGACAGAUCCAACCCAAGCUCUCCAAGGUGGACUACCUGAGUCAGAAGCUGUCCUCAGCAGGGGAGACAGACAGGCAGCAGCUCAGAGAGCAGAUAGACAGUUUGGAGAGAGACAUCGACCUGCUCAGAAGGAGGAAGGAGGAGGAGCUGAUUGGUGAUCGAUAUGAAGAACAUGAUUGGCCGAAAAUCUCCAACAUUGAUUUUGAAGGGACGAGGGAGGCGGAGGAUAUCCGUCGUUUCUGGCAGAACUUCCUUCACCCUUCCAUCAGUAAGACUCCGUGGAGUCAGGAGGAGGUGCAGCAGCUGAAGGAGGUCAGCAGGAGACAUGGGGAGAGACACUGGGAGACCAUCGCUCAGGAGCUGGGGACGGGGAGGACAGCCUUCAUGUGUCUUCAGACGUUCCAACGUUUUGUCUCCGACUCGUUGAGACGCAGCAGUUGGACUCCGGCUGAAGACGAUCUGCUCAGAGAGCUGGUGGACAAGAUGAGGAUCGGAAACUUCGUCCCCUACACACAGAUGAGUUACUUCAUGGAGGGUCGUGACCCUGCUCAGCUGAUCUACAGGUGGAACCAGGUGUUGGACCCAAGUCUGAAGAAAGGCCUGUGGAGCAAAGAGGAGGAUGAGCUCCUGCUGCAGGCUGUCUUUCGUCACAGGGCGAAGAACUGGUGGAAGAUCAGGUUGGAGGUUCCUGGACGGACAGACAGCGCCUGCAGAGACAGGUAUUAUGACUGUCUGAAGGCGGGAACAAAGAGAGGAGCGUUUGACAAGCAGGAGAGAGAACUGCUGCUGCAGCUGGUGGACAAACAUGGAGUUGGUCGCUGGGCGAAGAUUGCUGCUGAGAUCCCCCACCGUUACGACGCUCAGUGUCUGAGGGAGUGGAGGAAACUCAGCAGGCCACGCCCCCCUGCUGCUCAGAAAACUAAGAGAGCUAAAAAACCACAGAGGAGACGAGCGAAGAAGAAAGGUUCUCCUGUCAGGAGGAGGAUCAGGAGGAAACUGAUGAAGAUCAAGGAGGAGGAGAGCAGUGAGGAGGAGCGAGAGGAGCUGGUGGUGCCAUACAUGGACAGAGACACCCCCUCCGGGGAGCUGGUCCGCUCAACCAUCCUGGGCCAGUUUGGACGCUCUGUGAUCGUCGGACCAAACCCCAGAGAGCUGCAGUGGGAGGAGCGUCACAGCAGCAGCACCAUGAUGAUGGUGUCAGCUGACCAGCUGCGAGCCCACCUGUGCCGGCAGGUAAACAAGAGCAAUGACCAGAGCUGCCGCUCCCGAGGGAAGCGCCAGACCGGCAGAAAGAACCACGCGGGCCGAGUGACGGACACAGCGCUGAACUAUGAACUGCAGGCCGCCGUCGUGCCCUGGAUCGGGAACCUGCUGAUCCCAUCUAAAACCAGACUGACGGCAGCCGACACCCUGAGGGAGCGAGGGGAGAAGACCCGCCUCCCCUCCACCCCCAUCUUCCUGCUUCUCCUGCAGACCAUGAACGUGGACACCGUGGGCUGCAAGGACAUGAUCGAGCAGAGGAGGAACAGGGUGGUGUUACUGACCCCCCAUGCAAACCCCCCCGCCGUCCGGAUGAAGGACCCGAGGACCAUCGCUGGGAUGCUGCAGCAGAGGAGGCUGAUGACAGAGCAGCUGAUGGAGUUAGCCCCACCCACCUCCUUAUCAACCAAUCAACACUCACCUGCUGCUUUCCACAGCGACCAUGAUUACUCCUUCUUUAAUCCUAGCCCCACCCCCAAACAACCAUCUGACCCUGCCCUAGACAUGCCCCUAAAAGUUCAAUGCAGGAGGAGGAAACGAGGGAGGGGGGAGGAGCAGGACGGGGUGACGAGCAGUCAGGGUGACCAAUGUGCAGGUACGACAGGCGACCCUUGGGGCGGGGCUUGUACAAGUAUGACAGGUGACCCUGUGGGUGGGGCUCGUACAGGUGAGAUCCAGGAAGGAAAGAGGGUCCGGAAGCUGAGUCAGAAAGCCAGAGCUCUGCAGGAGGCCGAGGCUGAAGCCAAGAAGAAGACGAAGAGGAGGACUUCUUCUCCUCGUACUGAGAGCAAGGCUGUAGCCCAGAAGAAGACGAAGAGGAGGACUUCUUCUUCUCCUUGUAAAAAGCGUCAUUGUGCGUCUCGGUGUAAGCAGGAAGUGGUACAGGUGGACUCUCAGCCUCCCGGGCUGUGUUUACUUCCUGGUCAGUCGAUGUGGGUCAUGACUCCUGGUGGCCUGGUCCAGCUUGCAGAAGCCCCGCCCCAAGGCCUGCAGUUGGUGUUGGUGCCGGGCCCCCCCCACCUACAUCCACCUCCACCUGGGAAUAUUUUAAGCUGCCCAGUGGCCAUGCCCCCUCUGCAGCUCAUUCCAGCGCCUGGUCUGAGUCAGCCACUCCCUCUUCUUCCCCCGCCCACAUGUCCCUCUAAGACCCUCCCCCCAACCUUUGUCUUGCAACCUGUCCCAUACCCCGACUCCUCCCCACUCCUCUCUUGUCCCCCCCAGCAUCCCCCUAAACUCUUCCUGCCUUAUAAGGGCACCGUCAGAGUGGACCCAGCGGAGCCCCCUCCCCUCAGGAGGGAGGAGCUGCAGUUCGACCCGUCCCUGAUGUCUCUGGAGCCGCCACCAGCAGUGCGUGAUUGGCUGAGCGGGCGGGGAGGGGUGGUGGUACCUGGAGUGGGCGUGGCUCUGCCCUACCUACCUCCCUUUGUCAGCAGUCUGAGCACGCUCAGUGCGCUGCUCCGGGCCAAGAGAUCUUUGACAUCCUCGUCCCUGGAGCUUCUGAGUCGAGGCUCCGAACCCCGACUCCAGCAAACCAGACCACAACCUGACGGCGGUACAGAGACCUCCAGUUCGCCUCCACCAGACCUGCCAGACUCCACCUCUGACCUAAGAGCAGCCGGGGACCCGCCAGCUCCCUCUGUCAGCUCUGACCUCCUGCAGGAGAAGGAGGAAGAGGAGCAGGAGGAGGAGGAGGCAGAGUUUGUGAUGGCCGUGCGUCAGCUGGUGACUGAGCGUUUCUCAGGUAACCCCGCCUACCAGCUGCUGAAGGCCCGCUUCCUUUCCUGCUUCACUGUCCCCGCCCUCCUGGCCACCAUCCAGCCAAUCAAAGAGAAGACUGUGGCUCGGCCCGCCUCUCAAGAGGAGGAGGAGGAGGAGGAAGAUGAGGAGGAGGCGGAGGCGGAGCUAAAGAAAAUCAAAGAGAGAGGGAGGCAGAGGAGAGCAGAGAGAUCUUUGCUGCUGUGUGAUGGCUCAGGAGCUCCCGCCAAUCACUUCUCAGGAAUCAACACCAGCACACCCCCACCUGACCAGACCAGACCAGACCGGUAGAGACCAGGUCUCCACAGUCCAGUAAAAUCCACAGAUCUACAGGUUUAGUUCAUAUGAAGAAGUUUCAACAUGAACAGAAAUAAGUUUAAAGAAUUAAAUAGUUUGAAUCAAAGAAGUUCAGUUUUUCUUCAGUUUCUGUUUUUCUCACUGAAACGUUGAACCUCUGAGAGUCUGAGCAGUUAAAUCAGCAGGGAUGUGAAGGUGAUUCACAACACGUGGAGCUCGGUGGUGCGUUCAGUUCAAGUUUUAAAGUGAUGA